UAGAUGGAUGAAUUGGCUUUGACAGAUGGAUGGAAAGCAGUACAUACUUGAGUGUGUAUGUGGCAUCACUUAUAGACAUAUCAACAAGAGUAAAUAAGUAAAAUGGUAAAUAAGCGAGUAUUUUAGUCAUCGCUUUCCUCUCCAGCGCGACUUAUAGAUGUGGCUCAGUGACAACGCCUGCCUUCUGAACGAGUUGAUCAUCGUAUGUAGCCCACCACAGCACGUGUCUUACUUCACUUUACUUCAGUUACUUUACUGAUGCCUGAGUGGAAGUUUACAUGCUGGCAAAUUGUAAAUGUAAAGUGCAUUUUAAUCCCUAAUAAGCAAGCCAGAGGAAACGGUGGUAAGGAAAACAUUCUUGAGAAGACUUGAGGAAGAAACCUUAACAGGAACCAGACUCGAAUGGAAACCCGUAAUCUUCUGGGCGACGCCAGAUAGUGGGAUCAUCAAUUACAUUUCUAUAAUUAUAUAGUAUAUACAUCUUUAUGAUCACAGCAGAAGUUUUUAGGUUUAUGGAGUGACAGAACAGGCAACUCCAUGCUUAUUAGAGCUCCACAAGACCCAUACUCAUAGAAUUACUAAGGUGUGUGUAGGACUUUUAUUUUGAAAUGUAACAGAAUAACGUUUUGUGUCACGCUUCUCUUCUCGAAUUCAGCAGCAGAUUGAUGGCGCCUGAAAACAAGGCUACUGUAAAGCAGCGGGUAAUAUUGCCAUGGUAACAGCAACGUCUCUGAUAGGUGGAACUCCAAUAUUAAAAAUAAUGUAACUAGUUACAGAGGAAAUAAAGCUGUUUUUCUCUUUAAACGCGGGAAUCCGUGUAUUAGAAGAACUGAGCAGCCUAUAAUCUCGGGUUUUUUUGUUAGAAGGCAGCUCUUGGUCGUAAAUAAUAAUAAUAAUUUUAAAAAAAAGCGGCGUUAUUUAUUACAGCAUGCAGUCCCUUUCUCACGAGCUGCAGAGUUUCUCUAGAGCGCGCCUCAAGAAACGGAGCACGCGCAUCACUACGGCUACCGGGAAGGUCCUUGUGGAAACGCGAAGCGGCGAUGGUGGUUAUGUAACAGAAGCUGCAGAGGAGAGCGCCACCUGCGGGUUUGUCCAAGAUCUGAGUUUGGACCUUCAAGUGGGCGUCAUUACACCCUUUCUCCUUCUCUGUAAGACAGACACUGCUUCACAAGAUGCCGCCAGUGACGCUGAGACUUUGAGAAAAUUCAAGGUAACUCAUGUGUUGAAUGUUGCCUGUGGAGUGGAGAAUGCCUUCCCUGAGCGCUUUAUCUAUAAAACUGUUCCUAUGAUGGAUCUGCCAGAGACAGAGCUCACCUCCUACCUCCCACAGUGCUUUGAGUUCAUCGACGAGGCCAGAAAACAGGAUGGAGUUGUGUUGCUCCACUGUAAUGCGGGCGUGUCCCGCUCUGCCUCUGUUGCCAUCGCUUAUCUAAUGGCGAAGGAGAAGAUACCGUUUGAGGACGCCUUUAACCGAGUCAGAUCAGCUCGACCUUCAAUACGGCCAAAUGCUGGCUUCCUCGUUCAGCUGAAGGAGUAUCACCCAUGAUUCACAUCACUUACUGACUUUGCAGCUCAUCAUGCACUUUGGAUAUUUCAAAUUCAACACUCAUAUUUAAAACUCAAAUUUCUAUAAACUGCAGCAAGCCAAAACUACAUGGUCAAGGGAACUGUGGAACUGCUGGUUGCAUUUUUUUUUUUAAUAACAGUUAUGGUUUAAGAUAUAGAUUUUACAUAUAAAAUAACUCAACAACUUAAUGCAAAGAUUUAAGUUUUAGUCAUUUUUGAAACCAAAAGCAGACUUUAUGUUCCAUCAUUCUUUAAUUACUGUAAUAAGGACUCAAGACAACAACAUUUACUUGGAUGUGGGAAAAAUAAAAGUGAUCAUGAUGAAUACUUUGCUUAGAGCAAAUUUGUGAAACAAUGAAAUGAU